AUGGACGAGAAGAGCGGCCCUCCUCCCUAUUCUUCUCCGCAAUUCGCUGCUGAGUCGCACCAUCCCGUUGGACACGGUCACAGUGGCCGGUUUCGGGGCCGACGCGGCUUUCGUCGCAGCAGAGGCAUCAAAUUCUUUGCUCUGGCAUGCUUAUCACUUAUUGUCCUGGCACAGUGGAAGCAGAUAUGGCACUCCAACCACCAUUCCACCAGACUCUCGGUUGAGAAGCUGAACGAGAACGCAGCCACCUGCAAGAAGCUACGUCAUAAGCCCCAGGACCCUGUCGGCGCGGGCCGCGACAAGAGCGCCAGAUAUGUCGACGGCGGCAAGCCUACCCUCAUAAAGAAUGCUACCAUUUGGGUUGGCGAGCCCGUUCAGGGUACCAGCGAGGAUGAUGCGAGAGCAGGAAAGGGUUGGCAAUGGAUUCAUGGCGACGUUUACCUGGAGCAUGGUCUCAUCAAAAAGGUGGAAAAGGACAUCGCCAUGAGCUCGUUAUCCAAGGACACUCACCUAUUCAAUGCAGAAGGACGGCUCCUCACAAGUGGAAUCAUUGAUAUGCAUAGCCAUGCUGGAGUCGAUUCUUUACCCAAUCUCCGUGGCAGCGGUGACACCAAUGAGUUUUCCAGUCCUAUCACUCCAUGGGUCCGCUCCAUUGAUGGGCUCUAUGUCCUCGACCCUCAAAUCCAGGUCAUCAAAUCCGGAGGUGUUACCACAUCGCUCAUCUUGCCUGGAUCGAGCAACAACAUUGCUGGCGAGGCGUAUUUGAUCAAGCUGGCUGUUGGCAAGGAACAAGGCCGCAACGAGAUCAGUGCCACGGAUAUGUUGGCCGACCCUGAACGAACCUGGCGCUACAUGAAGAUGGCGUGCGGUGAGAAUCCCAAGCACCCAUCUCCUGCCAAUGGCCGAAUGACGAGUCGCAUGGGGGAGAGUUUUGACUUCCGCCGUGCGUUUGAGAAGGCCCGGAACUUGGUACAGCGGCAGGACGAUUGGUGUGAUAAAGCCGAGGCUGUGGGAAUCGACAAUAUGGAUGAGUAUCUUCCCGAAGAGCUCGAAUGGGAAUCUCUGGCAGCGGCAAUGCGUGGACAGGUACACAUCAACACACAUUGCUACACUGUGCCUGAUUUGGAGGCCAUGGUCGAUCAUACCAAUGAGUUCAAGUUUGCUGUGCGAACCUUUCAUCACGCCCACCAAACAUUCCUGGUCCCAGAGAUUUUGAAACGCACGUGGGGAGGACGAGCGCCUGCUUCCGCCCUCUUCGCCGACAACAUGUACUACAAGAUGGAGGCAUUCAUUGGGUCCGAGUUUGCUGCGAAGACUCUGUAUGAAUCAGGGCUGACGCCUGUGUUUGUGAGCGAUAAUCCCGUUCUAAACGCUCAGCACGUACUUUUUGAGGCUGCCAAGGGAUACCACUACGGUCUACCCUACCACGCCGCAAUGGCUAGUGUCACGACCGCUCCAGCUGAAGAGUUGGGCAUGGGCAAGCGCCUGGGUAAAGUCAAGGCCGGAUUCGAUGCCGAUGUUGUCGUUUGGGACAGCGACCCUCUCAGCGUCGGGGCUGCACCUGUGCAGGUUUGGAUUGAUGGCACCGCCCAGUUUGUAGCUCCGGUUUACCUUGAUAAGCCGAUUGAGGGCCCGAUUGGACCUGAGCCAGCUCUUGCUGAACUCGUCUCUGAGCCAAGUGAAACCGCAGAUGCUCUGUUCAAGGGCGUCACCAAGGUUCUUUUGUCCGACGAUCAGGUGUACAAAUCCGAGGACAGUUCGUUCAAUGUCGCCAUAUCCAAGGGAAAGAUCUCCUGCAUUGGAUCAUGCGAGGUCGAAUUUAAGGCUGCUACAGCCGCUGGAGCGAAAGCAGUCGAACUACAGAAUGGCUACCUCACCCAUUCUUUCACUGGCGUUGCUGGUACAAUCGGUCUCAAUGAAAUCGACAUGGAAGACUCUACAGACAACGGCGCCAACAAAGAGAAAUUUACCCGCGCAGUCGACGGCCUCCUACUCGACAGUAAGAAGCUGCGUGUUGCUGCAAAAUACGGCGUGACCCGUGCCAUCUCUGCCCCGAAGUUUACCGAUUUGGGUACACACCACGGGACGAGUGUUGGCUUCGUCACGUCUGCUCUCACAAGUAUCGAGAAAGGCGCCGUGUUCGCAGAAGAUGCUGCCGUUCAUUACACCCUGGAUGUCUCUGCUCGUGGGGCUGACAAGAGUUACAGCGAAGUUUUCGGCGCUUUGCGAAAGAAGCUUCUCGAUGCCACCAAGUUGGACAAAGAGCUUGAGCCCUAUUCCGAGGCAGCCUAUCUUAAGAAAGUCGUUGCUGGAGAUGUUGUGCUCGCAUUGACCAUCAAUUCUGCUGAUGGCAUCGCGUCCGCAUUGCGCGUGAAGUCCGACGUUGAAAAGGUGCUCAAAUCCAAGAUCAAGAUGGCCAUCAUUGGCGGUGCAGAGUCCUACUUGCUGGCCACUGAACUCGCUGAAGCGUCUGUUGGCGUCAUUCUCACACCUCUACAGCCAAUGCCGCUCACUUGGGACCGACGACGUGCACUCUCUGGCGCACCACUCACAAAUGGUACCUCGGCGGAUUGGCUCGUUACUGCUGGCGUCACAGUUGCCGUGGGCUUGCCAGAGGAUUGGUGGGUUCGCGAUCUGGGAUUUGAAGCGGGCACGGCGUACCGCAAUGGUCAGGGCCGUUUCACCGAGAAGUCGGCCUUAGACUUGGUCAGUCGAAAUAUUUACAAGAUUCUUGGGGUUGAUGUGGAUGAGGAGGAAGAGAAGGGCCAUUUCAUGAUUAGUGAGGGGAGCCCGUUGGAAAUUGGAUCGAGAAUUCGGGCUGUGGGUGCUGGGAAGGGUAAGGUGUCCGUGUUUGCGUAG